AUGAGUACAUUUACGGUUGACCAACCAAUGGAAGAAGACAUCCUCAGCGACGUCGUUCCCAGCAACAUCGUUUCGCGACAGCCCAGCCAAGGUGCGGAUGGGGAAAGCGAGUACGACGAUGAGCCUGCGGAGGAGGAUGAGCUUAUCAGCGACCGAGAGGACCCUGCCGCAACCGCCGCCCAGGCGAAACAGAAUGCGACAGCCGCGAAGCAACAAAAGAAGCAGAAGAGGAUUGCGGAGGAGGGUCAGCUGCAUCGGAAGCGGCAGGAAAUGGACAAAGCAAAGAUUACGGACGCCGUCAAGCGGUACUCGUACCUUCUGGGCCAGACGGAACUUUUCAAGCAUUUCGUUGACAUCAAGCGAGCUUCCGACCCCGAAUAUGCGGCGCUGAUGGAUGCACAACCGAAACCGAAGGGGAGAGGGCGAAAGAAGGCCGUUGAUAACAGUGCCCGACAUCGAAAGUCAGAGAAGGAGGAGGACGAGGAGAUGUUGAAGGAUGGAGAGGCGGGUCUGGAUGGAAACGACCAGCCAUUCGUGUUCGAGGCGUCCCCGAGCUUUGUCCACGGCGAAAUGCGAGCGUACCAAUUGCAAGGCCUCAAUUGGAUGGUUUCUCUACACCACAACGGUUUGAAUGGGAUCCUCGCCGACGAGAUGGGUCUCGGAAAAACGCUACAAACAAUCUCCUUCCUCGCCUACCUUAAGCAUUACCGCGAAAUCAGCGGCCCACACCUCGUCGUUGUCCCAAAAUCAACUCUUCAGAACUGGGCCCGCGAAUUUGAACGCUGGACACCCGAUUUCAACAUUGUUUCCCUCACGGGCAGCAAGGACGAGCGGGCGGAGAUCAUCGCGACGCGGCUCAUCCCGCAAGACUUUGAAGUGUGCAUCACAUCGUACGAGAUCUGCCUCAUCGAGAAGUCGGCUUUGAAGAAAUUUUCCUUCGAGUACAUCGUCAUCGACGAGGCCCACCGGAUCAAGAACGUCGACUCCAUCCUUUCACAGAUCGUGCGGUCGUUCCUGUCGCGUGGCCGCCUGCUCAUUACGGGCACGCCGCUUCAGAACAAUCUCAAAGAGCUCUUUGCCCUCCUCAACUUCAUCUGCCCUGAGAUUUUCGUCGACUACGCCGACCUCGAUUCUUUCCUGCACAAGGACUCGAACGAUACGGAGGUUGAGGAGGAGAAAAGUAAGAAGGUCGUCGAGGCGCUGCACAAGAUUUUGCGGCCGUUCCUGCUCCGCCGCGUCAAAUCCGAUGUUGAGAAGAGUUUACUGCCUAAGAAGGAAAUCAACAUCUAUGUCGGGCUUACAGAUAUGCAACGCAAAUGGUACCGUUCGGUCCUGGAGAAGGAUAUCGACGCGGUCAACGGCCUGACUGGGAAGAAGGAAGGAAAGACAAGAUUGAUGAACAUGGUCAUGCAGCUUCGUAAAGUCACCUGCCACCCAUACCUCUUUGAUGGCGCCGAGCCUGGGCCUCCAUACACCACCGACGAGCACCUCAUUCAGAAUUGUGGAAAGAUGAUCAUCCUCGACAAGCUACUCGCACGGAUGAAGGAGAAGGGCUCUCGGGUUCUCAUCUUCAGUCAGAUGAGCCGCGUUCUCGACAUCCUUGAAGACUACUGCCUCUUCCGCCAUUACAAAUACUGCCGCAUUGACGGAAGUACCGCCCACGAAGACCGUAUCACCGCCAUCGACGAAUACAACAAGCCCGACUCUGAAAAAUUCAUCUUUCUCCUCACCACCCGCGCUGGCGGCCUUGGCAUCAAUUUGACCACCGCCGACAUCGUCAUCCUCUACGACAGCGACUGGAACCCGCAAGCUGAUCUGCAGGCUAUGGACCGGGCGCAUCGUAUUGGCCAGACGAAGCAAGUGUACGUCUUCAGGUUUAUCACGGAGGGUAGUGUCGAGGAGAGGAUGUUGGAGCGGGCGGCGCAGAAGUUGCGACUGGAUCAGCUGGUGAUUCAGCAAGGGCGAGCACAGCAGGCAAAGACGGCGGCGAAUAAAGACGAGCUCCUUGAGAUGAUUACCCACGGCGCAGAGAAGAUCAUCAAUGCAACUGAAGAGAGCCUUCUCAUCGAUGACGACAUCGACGCCAUCAUCCAGAAAGGAGAAGAGCGUACCUCCGAGCUUAACAGCAAAUACGAAGCCCUCAACCUCGAGGAUCUUAACAACUUCAAGUCGGAUGCGUCAGUGCAGCAGUGGGAGGGUGAAGACUUCCGCCCUGGUAAAAAAGCACUCAACUUCAACCUCCUAUCGCUGUCGAAGCGCGAACGCAAGUCCAACUACUCGGUUGACAACUACUUCAAGGAUACGCUGCGUGCUGGUCCAUCCAAGAUCGACAAGGCGCCGAAGAUCCCUCGUGCGCCGAAGCAGAUCACUGUCCAAGACUUUCAAUUCUUCCCACCCGAACUCGCAGCUCUGCAAGAACGAGAGCUCGCCGUACACAAGCGUCUCAAUGGCAUCCCGGCUACCACUCGCGAACCGCAAGGACCGGAAGAUACGCCCGAGAAGCUGGAGGAGGAACGUCUUGCUGCGCAGGAGUUCAUAGACACAGCCGAACCUCUCGAUGAUGACGAUCUCGAGUUGAAGGAGCAGUACGUCCAACAGGGCUUCCCAGAUUGGAGUCGACGAGACUUCCAGCAGCUCGUUCGCGCGAUGGAGAACUAUGGAUGGGGUGCCGAUGCCAUGUAUAUCAGUUCUGAGAUCCAGGACAAGACGCCCGAAGAGGUUGAGAAGUAUUUGAAAGUCUUCAACAAGAAGUGUAAGACGUUGGCUGAGUGGCCGCGUAUCAAAGCACGUAUUGAGGAAGGCGAGGCCAAGCGCACGAAGCGCGAAAACCUCGAGAUGCUGCUCGCCCGCAAGAUCAACUCCGUCCGGUACCCGAUGCAAGAGCUCGAACUGAACUACCCAACCACGAAGGGCAAGGUCUAUAGCGAAGAGGAAGAUCGGUACCUCCUCUGCCGGCUCUUCCACUACGGCAUGCAGGCCGACGACGUCUACGAACGCAUCAAGAGAGACAUCACCGAGUUCCCCGUCUUCCGAUUCGAUUGGUUCCUCAAGAGCCGGUCGCCGCAGGAGCUCCAGCGAAGGUGUAAUACGCUUCUGGGAAUGAUCGAGAAGGAGGAAGAGCAGAGGCAGACAGAGGAGGCCAAGUUGAAGCCGACGAAGGGCAAGAAACGCGGCAUUGAGGAGGUCCAGAAGAUGGAAGAGUCGCGGCCGCCAACGCCGGUGGAGAGUACCUCGGGAAAGAGGACGACAAAAAAGAAGAAAACUUGA